CUCACGCGCGCCGUUGAAGAUGAUCCGACUCCUCCCUUGAUCAGCAAAGUCCAACGUCGUUUGCUGUCUCUUUGACUCUAUUGCAGAACCGCAUUUUAUGUUUCUUUGGUCAAGCUGUGCCGGGUGUCUUUCCUCUAGCUAGCCUCUUCCAUCCCAAGAUGCUUGUUUCAGUAUCGUUCUAUGGUUAUUGUGAAGGACUACGAACAAUAGGCUAUACAAAAGCGCGUCGAAUAUAGGGAAAUCGCUUCAACGCAGACCUGCUCAAGGCCUGCUGAGGAAGAGGACGCACAUACUCUACGUCUGCUGCUGCCGAAAUACCAUUUCUGCUACUGCUCUCGAAUCUCCUUACAUUGGUUCUAGCUGACCGCCAUCAAAAUGGCAUCUGUCUUUACCUAUGACCCUGACCCCCCAAGGGUAUCAUCCCCAUGGUCGACGUCGGGCUCCUCCACUCCUCAGGUGGCAGCCACCAGUAAUCGCGUGGUGCCGCGGACCCGAUCCAGCACGACUCUGGACCGGGCCGACCCCGACCUGCUGUCGGAUUAUGGCAUUGCAAAGCUCGAGCCAGAACCGCAAGAGGGCCCUACGGAGUACAAAUUGCAUCUGCUCCUGCGUCCCCGCCGUCCGUUUGUCGCUAUGUCCACGGGCCAUCUGGUGGGGGGCUCGUAUCAUUUCCGAGCGAGUCUGUCCAACGCGAGUCCUACGCCGUCGAGCUACGAAGCAACGGCAAGGACGCCCCAGGCCCGCUCGACGGAGAGUCGUCAACAAAGACUGGAGCACUUGACUACGCAGUUGCUCUGGCGCCUGCAGCAGUCGUCACCGUUCCACUCGUCUACGACUGCUAACCUUGUCCUCCCCGUGCUUCCAGAUGCCACUCCCCACUUGGGGGCGCCGCAGAAACCAGCCCGGCUGCUCCCGGGUCUUGAGGAGAGUCAGGGGGCGUUGUACGAAAUCGGUGUUGCCGAUGACGGGACAUUCGUCGGCCUUACCGUUGACGAGCUGGAAGAAAGCUUGUCCACUCUGCAGGUCAUGGCGGCCAGCCUGGGCUGCAAGGUUGAGAUCCUUCGGAGGGUCAUUGUUGGCAAGUGCGAGUGGGUCGAAGAUCCCGGUAAUGCCAAUGCUGAUGCUGGUAAGGUUCAUACGGAGAGCCUUUGGGUUGCGGAGGCUCUCGUGAGCCCCGACUGGGAGUUCUACCGCGUCAAGUCUCCGAAGACAGGAUGGGAAAAGGAGGAAUCUUCCACGAGCAGCAACCCCCAGAGGCGACCUUCGCUGGACGACUCGUCGAAAACGGAGCAAAUACGCAUCUCCAUUUCGGGCCCUAGCGCAGCUGGCAAGUCCUCCCUGCUGGGCACGUUGACAUCGUCUGUGCUCGAUAAUGGUCGGGGCACAAGCCGACUGGGGCUCUUGAAACAUCGACACGAGAUCUCGUCUGGUAUCACCAGCUCUGUGGCUCAUGAGCUGAUCGGAUACAAUGUAAACGGGUCUAGCCCUGACACGUUUGACGUGAUCAACUACGCUUCUGGCAAUAUUGCUGCAUGGGAUGACAUCCAUGCCGCGUCGGAGGGCGGCCGUCUCGCUUUCGUGUCCGACCUCCCAGGGUCGAUCCGAUAUUUGAAAUCUACCUUCAGAGGCAUCAUCAGCUGGGCGCCUCAUUAUGUUUUCCUCUGCAUCCCAGCUACAUGUGACGAUGACACGGUCGCGGAAACCGCGAACAGCCCGUCCGAGCAGUCUGCGGAUCUAUCACAAGCAUUGUCACAUGUGGAACUUUGUGCUAAACUUGAGAUUCCUACGGUGAUCGUCAUCACCAAGAUGGAUGUUGCCUCCCGCACUGGCCUGAGAAAGAAUCUCGCUCAGAUCCUCUCUGCCUUGAAGUCGUCCGGCAAGAAGCCUUCGAUGCUGUCCAUUCCAACAGUUCCGGUUGCAAACUUGCAGCAUGUUGGGGCCAAGGAUACCGGUGAAGUCAGAAAACUGGUCGCCUCGACGGAAAGCUGGCAUUCGACAGUACCAAUCGUCCUUACAAGUGCCGUGGAUGGCUCGGGAAUUGCGAAGUUACAUGCUCUACUCCGAUGCCUCCCAAUACCCACACGGCCGCCAUUGAGAGACGUCUCUUUACCAAAGGCUCUGGCACCGCCGAUCGCCUUCGAGACCGUCUUUGACGUUGAUGAAGUUUUCGCCAUCCCGCCGUCAAAGGUCCACUCUUUGUCCGGUGAUGAGCGACCUAAAGAAACGCAUGGCAUCGUUCUAUGUGGGCUUGUUCGCUACGGAGCUAUCUCGGCAGGUGAUGAGCUCAUCAUAGGGCCUGUCUUGUCCAACGCCGCCGCCGAGCAUGGGGCUGGCACAAGCCCACCUAAAGAUCGGAUGGAGAGACGGUCAGAUGCCCAUCUGUCUACUAGUUCCUCUCGAAGCAGACCGCCGUCCGGGGAUUUUUCAAGUUCAUUUCUCCAUGGUUCCCUCCCAGGGAAGACUCCUCUGGCGGUACAGGCGAGUUGGCAGCGUGUGCGGGUCGUCAGUGUCCGAAACCUGCGGCUACCAGUGCAGAGGUUGACGCGGGACCAAGUAGGGACUAUCGGGAUCGAGCCGUUGGCACUGUCACCGGAUGAUGAGCGACCGCGACUGGGUAAGAUUCGCAAAGGUUCGGUGUUGGUCAAGCUUCCGCCUGGCGCUGGCCCCGCCCCCCGCAGGUUUCACAGCGGAUUCGUGGCCAGCUUCGCGGCCAGUGAAUUCGCCUCUCCUCUCUCCCCGCCCGUGCUGCUGGGCGGCCAUGCCAUUGUCUACGUCGCCAAUGUCCGCUCAACCGUGAGGCUGACGUGCAUGGCGCUGGCGGAGGAUGAGGUGAUCUCGCGCCCGCCCUCACCCACGGAGCCGGAGUUUUUCAGCUUCGAUGGGGAUACCUCUGAUCAUGAACGUGGUCGGGAGCGUGGCGUCCACGAGGUGAUCAAGUGUUCUGGCAGUUCCGAGGCGGGGAAUAUCAGGAUCACCUUCUUGUUUGUUUCCUCGAUUGAGUGGGUGGAAGUCGGGUCGCGGGUGCUUCUGAUGCCUGCAGCGUCGGCAGCCUUGGCUUCUGCACAGGGGGUAGGUUCUCCCUCAGGGUUUGAGGGGUUUGUUGGUCGGGUUUGUGAUGUGGUAUACCCGGCCGAUACCAAGUAGAUAAGGUUGGGUAGGACUACCGAGUUGAUGAUUAUUGUCCCAGCUGUUAGGAAGAGGGGUGUGUUAUGUCUGGUAACUAGUCUCACCAAUGA